AUGUCUGUCCACUUUUUGCAGAGUUACAAAUAUCAACACGGGGUGAAGUUGCCGGGAGUCGCUUCUCAGUUAGCCAAUCAAGGCUACCAUCCUUCUGGUGGUCUCUCUGGCAAUACACACGGAACUCUUCAAACUAUGAGCGCUCAAGUGCCGUUCGCUGUAGCGGCAGCACCAAAUGGACUAACGCAGGCACCGACUAGCGUGCCUACAGCAGUGACUUCAUUGCGCAACGAUCCUUCAAGCAUCUUGCACUCUUCCACUUCUCAUCCUUCGACCCCGGGGCAGUCCCUGUUUGUGCACGGUUUCGUUGGUCAGCAAAACAUGACCAAUCAACUGGGCCAGAGCACUCUUUCCCCAUCGUACGUAGCAGAACCGCAGGCUGUGGGACCAGGUAUACAGUUGGGUUCGUACAAUACCAAACACAGUGCUCAGUUAAACGGGUCGCACAAUCCUCGUGCAAUGCCACAUACACCGUUGUCUGGAGCUCCUACGCCAGCUACACAUCCGAGCUACGCUGCGGCGUUACCCAUACAUCAAGCACCAGCCGGUACACACCCAUCCUUCUACACAAACUCAACUAUUCAACAACCACCGGGUCAUUUGACAGCCUCUGGACUGCCUCACGGUAUGGUCGAAUUCCUCCCAGCCAUGAUUUCCACCGAUCCUAAUACUGCUCAAUCCCAAUUCAAUGCAGCUUCAUUCGGACAAUACGCUACUCAUUAUCCAUCAACCUACGAUCCCUCAGUAGACACAGCCUUCAAUACGCGUGUGCGUCACAACACUUGGGCCGGUCUCGAAACCAACGCAUCCAGCCAUGUCCACGGUGCCAAUCGCUCAAUCGACCCGCAAUCAUAUGAAAACACCUUUGACAUAAAUCCUACAGCAAACAGUAAUAAUAAUAAUGCUAACAACAACCGUGUUACUCUAGCAUCUGACCGAGGUACGUCUACGGUUUCUCAACGUGGGACGGGUGAUGCGCGUGGGCAUAUGAAUUCAACAGCCUAUAACAUGAAUUCCACUGCUCCCGUGGGUUCACAACUACCCGAAUUGCUAGAGUUUUAUAGCUCUCUUCCCGUACCGGACCAUUGGUUGUCCGUAUGCAACCGGUACUCUAAUUCUACGCUUCCUUUGACCGGAACCGCUCGAGCUACAAAGCCUGACGAGCGCGGAUUCGAUUCUCGAAUCUCGCACUGGAAUCCAAUACCUCCACCGCCUCUAGCCAAUCAGUGGUCGGCGAAACACGCGAAUUCAAUGAUGUCAUCCGGCUUCAAAACCAAUACUGUUGUGCAUGCCCAGAAUUCAGCAGUAUCGACAGCACCUGAUGCACUGGGUCAGCGCCGUGCGAUGGAGGUUGUUGGUCGACCACAAAAUUCAGCUUUCGUUCGGCGAGGGAAUGAAACGGGUAUUCACAAAACUGUUCUUACGCCUCGUGCGCCGAAUGACGUUCCUGGAACAAAUCGUACCAAAAACAGCAGAUCAAAUCAGACCAGUCAAUUUGCAAAGUCUGCAACCAAUCCAAAGCGUAUAGGAUCUUGGCGUCCAAAUACGAGUGGUAAUGGACUAGACGGUGGAAAACCCGUGGGCCACUUUAACCCAACUGUGGAUGCGUCCACGCCAUCUAAUCUGAUGCCGUCCGGAGUGGAGUGUGGAUGGAUUAUGCCAUCACCUUUGGUUGAUCCGACGGUGAUGCGAAACACAACAACUGUUCAACCGGGUGGAAUUCGCGGUCAAGAUUCGUUAACUAAUUGGUCUGGUCAACUCACCAAUCCUCUUCUUUUAACAAUGAAUCCUGGACAACUAGACCCAGUAAAUCGACCCACAAAGUUGAUGCAGCCCAACCAUAACAUGCCUUUUGUGGACUCCAACGGGAUGCUACCUCCUCGACUUCCAGAUCCUUCCAGUGGUCUGGCGCGUUUCAACCACGGGUUACGUAUGCUGCGUGAUGUAUUUCCGACACGUCGAAGUCAACCAGUCUACUUGUUCGGUUCGCGAGAGCAGUGUUCAGCUGCUGUUGGCGAGAUUCUAUCGGUGUGUUUCCGAGAAUGUGUUCAUGGACCAUCUGCUCCCUGUCUUGGCCUGCUCGUAUCACACCAAGUGUAUCAACAAUUACUUGUGGGGUGCGGUCGACGAUACUUUGGUUUAUUACACGCUGCCACUGGUGCUCGUGUAUCCGUUACUGGCUCUCCUGUACAUUUGGAGCCUCUGGAUAAACAAUCGGAUCACGAGAAAGGCACCAAAAAGUCCUCUUCAAAACAAACAAACGAUUCACCAGACCGUAUCAUUGUUGUACGGGGUGAACUAGCUGCCAUAUGUGCUGCGGAAGCGUACAUCAGCGAGCAAGUUCGAAUGAUCAUGGCUCGGGAUUCGGUCCCAAUUUGUUUGUGGCCAUUGCUACCCCAUUUACCUCCGCUUGCGUCUUCACCACAAUCUCAUUCCGCCACUUUAGCCGCAGCCUCGGCUGCAGCAGCAGCGAACUCGGUUGGUCCAUCGCUUGAUCUGCCUACAUUGAACCGUUUGGCUCUUUGUGUGGCACUCAUGUUUUGGAGUCCAAGUACAUGGAACAAAUUACUGAGUUACGUUCCAUUCGGUUCAACUGUCCCCAAGGUUGGAAACACUGCCCCUUUGUCUCGAUCACCAUUGAACGUGACAGAUCAAAGACGAACGCGGUCAGUGGAUCGUAUCGAUGGAGAGAAACGGCAUUUGAGUGAUCCAUGUGCCGGAAGUCCAGUCGCAUCUGACGCAACUGAUUCCACAGUUGAACAUGCUAGCCUUCCACCUCCAGAAACUCGAUCCACAGUCGAAACAACCGAGGAUGCCACGGUUCCUGAAACUGAAGUGACAGCUGUAGAACAGCCGGAUGAUGAACUAUUGGAUCACAAUGUAGCCGUAGACGAGGCACCACCUGCACCCAAAUCACUUCUCACAGCUACCCCUAAUGACCUAGACGUGGAUCGAAUAAAAGAGCCGGAUGAUGUACCACUCUCCGUAGAUUUCAAAGGAACAGAUGACCUGGAUCAGAAACCGCUCGCAACACGUAAGUUUUGGGUUUCGGUUUUUACAAUCAUUAAACAUAUAUUUUCACGCACCACUUAUGGUUGCUGUCUUUUGGCUGCCUAUUUGGAUAAAUGA